UGUGAAAAGUGAUAUCUUUUCAAUUCAAAACUGUUUUAGUUUUAUUUUAAAUAAAUAACAACAAAUAACAAGUAUUUCACAGUAUUGACAAUGAAUAUAUUUUUUCUGCUUCUUUCAUUCAAAUUGUUGAUAUAUUUUAGUAAUGCAGUGGAGAUACCAGAAGAAUUCCAAAAAUCUAAUCAUACAAAUAACUGGGCAGUACUAGUCGAUACAUCUCGUUUUUGGUUCAAUUACCGUCACGUAGCGAAUGUUUUAUCAAUUUAUCGCAGCGUGAAGCGGCUUGGAAUACCGGAUAGUCAGAUUAUUUUGAUGAUUUCCGACGAUAUGGCUUGUAAUCCUCGUAAUCCACGGCCUGCGACAAUCUUCAACAAUGCUCAUGGCCAGAUCAGUGUCUAUGGAGAUGAUGUAGAAGUGGACUAUCGAGGGUAUGAAGUGACUGUGGAAAAUUUUAUUAGAUUACUGACAGGUAGAGUUCAUCAUGACACACCAAGGUCUAAAAGAUUGCUUACUGAUGAGGGAAGUAAUAUACUUAUAUAUUUAACUGGUCAUGGUGGUGAUGGAUUUCUGAAAUUUCAAGAUUCAGAAGAAGUGACUAGUCAAGAACUGGCCGAUGCAUUGGAACAAAUGUACCAGAAAAAAAGAUAUAAUGAAAUAUUUUUUAUAAUAGAUACAUGCCAGGCAUCGUCUAUGUACGAGAAGUUUUAUUCACCAAAUAUUUUAGCUACUGCUAGUAGUUUAGUGGGAGAGGACUCUUUAUCUCAUCAUGUUGACUAUUUGAUCGGUGUGUACAUAAUAGAUAGAUAUACAUACUUUGUUCUGGAAUUUCUGGAAAAUGUACAUCCCGACAGCAAGAACACUAUGUCAGAGUUUUUAGCGGUUUGCCCGCGAAGUGCCUGUCUGUCUACAGUUGGAGUCAGAAAAGAUUUGUUUAACCGAGACCCGAGUAAAGUACCAAUAACAGACUUCUUUGGGUCAGUAAGACCUGUUGUUAUUACAAGAAAGCCAAUAGAAAUCCUAGAAAUACCAAAGAGAAAGCAGAGCCGAGUCCCAGCAGAGAACAAAACCCAGAUAGAAAAGAUGAGCUACCUACCUCAGUUUCCAGUGCAUUUAGUACAAACUACUUAA